AUGGAUUUACCCACAAUACCGCCACGAGAUCCGCCGGCAUAUGGGGGGCCACCGACUUACCCAGACGCACCACGAGAUGAGGAUGUCGUCAACCCAAGAAUCAAUAUCUCUUCUAUGAAACUGCUUCCCAGCAGUGAAGAGGACACGAGACCGUAUGUGAGCACUUCUACUACAGCCCCGAGGAUCGACGGAGAAAAGUCGUUCAAGCACAAGAUUGUGUCGCAAGUGAUCACACCUUGUGUGCACUGGCCACCUAAUGUUGACCUGCGAAGCGCGCGCAUAGUCAAUCCAAGGUCUUCGUUGGCAUCUGAAGCCCCAGACCAAGCUGAUCGCAAGACCACAACAUACGUUGUGGAAGGAGCAUCCCCAGCUCUUCAGGCCCGUGUGACACUUAGGAAAAGAUCUAAUGCUAAUGAAAAUUAUCGAAACAGAAUGCCGCAACCAGUUCCUAUCAGACCUGUACCUGAACGAUACCAUCGACCACAACCAUCCGCAGACAUGUCACCUAGCAGACCUGCGUCAAGGCUUGGAAGAAUGCCGUCGAUACCUCCAUACACAAUGCACGACCGUGUGACCUCACCCGUGCGGCCAAGCACUCCAUCGCGAGGAGGCUCAAUAGACUGGACUCGCGCGCCUUCAAUCGCACCCCAAUACGAACCAGCAGAUCUAAAUGGAAGUCCCAGACCAGGUACGCCUUCCUCGCAAUAUGGUGGUAGUCCUCGAAGACCGCUCCCACCUGCGCCGCUAUUCUCAAAGCCUGGCACAAGCGAGACCACAAUACCUAUUUCAGAUGCAGGUACAAGCGACGACGUGUUCGUAAAUGGGCGGCCGCUUGUUCCCGACAACGAUCCAAGAGCGACUCUGAGAUCUUCGCAUUCAUACUCAUCAGGCUCGACGAUCACAGACGAGGAUGAAGAUAUUGUAGAUGAGAAAGAGGAUGGUCAUACUGGCCCUGCGCCAGACGGUCGGCACGAUCGAAGAGGCUUACGCGAUGCUCAAAUGACCACAAAAGAGGUUCGACUCAUCAAUGGUGAGCUGGUAUUGGAGUGUAAGAUUCCAACCAUAUUACACAGCUUCUUACCUCGAAGAGAUGAGCGUGAAUUCACGCAUAUGCGCUACACUGCUGUAACAUGCGAUCCAGACGACUUUGUGAUGAAUGGGUACAAACUGAGACAGAACACAGGCAUCACGACAAGAGAAACAGAAUUACUCAUAUGUGUGACUAUGUACAAUGAAGGUGAGAUUGAAUUUACCAGAACAAUGCACGGCAUAAUGCGAAACAUUACUCACUUCUGCUCGAGAACGAAGUCGAGGACAUGGGGAAAAGAUGGUUGGCAAAAAAUCGUGGUCUGCGUCAUAGCAGACGGAAGACAAAAGAUACAUCCUCGGACACUGAAUGCUUUGGCUGCUCUUGGUGUUUAUCAGGACGGUAUCGCAAAGAACGUGGUCAACAACAAGGAGGUCACAGCGCAUGUGUACGAGUACACCACCCAGGUAUCGUUAGACGAAAGUCUGAAGUUUAAAGGCGCAGAGAAAGGCAUUGUGCCAUGCCAGAUGAUCUUCUGUCUCAAGGAGAAGAACAAGAAAAAGCUUAACUCCCAUCGAUGGUUCUUCAAUGCAUUCGGCAGAGCAUUGCAGCCGAAUGUGUGUAUUCUGUUGGAUGUUGGAACCAAGCCAGAUUCAAAAGCUUUAUAUCAUCUCUGGAAAGCCUUCGAUCAGGACUCGAACGUUGCAGGAGCAGCUGGUGAGAUCAAAGCUGAUAAAGGCAAAGGCUGGCUCGGCUUACUGAAUCCACUUGUCGCAUCACAGAAUUUCGAAUACAAGAUGUCGAAUAUUCUGGACAAGCCUAUCGAGUCGGUCUUUGGCUAUAUCACUGUGCUUCCUGGUGCGUUAUCUGCCUACCGUUACUACGCCCUCCAGAACGAUCCAACAGGCUACGGACCUUUGAGUCAAUACUUCAAAGGAGAGACGCUUCAUGGUCACGACGCAGAUGUGUUUACCGCUAACAUGUAUCUCGCUGAGGAUCGUAUCCUUUGCUGGGAGCUGGUCGCAAAGCGUGGUGAACAGUGGGUACUAAAGUUUGUGAAAGCUGCUUACGGUGAAACCGACGUCCCUGACACAGUUCCGGAAUUUAUCUCACAGCGUCGACGUUGGCUGAAUGGUGCCUUCUUCGCAGCCGUCUACUCCCUGGUACACUUCAAGCAGAUCUGGCACACAGACCACACCAUUGUCCGAAAAGUUCUGCUACAUGUUGAGUUCGUCUACCAAUUUGUACAGCUCUUCUUCACAUUCUUCUCCCUCGCCAACUUCUAUCUCACCUUUUACUUCGUCGCUGGUGCUCUCACAGACCCUAAGAUCGACCCUUUCGGCCACAACGUCGGCAACUACAUCUUUACGAUAUUCCGGUAUACCACAAUCCUCCUCAUAUCACUACAAUUCAUUCUUUCCCUCGGCAACAGACCACAAGGCGCCAAAAAGCUCUACAUGGGCAGUAUGAUCACAUACUCGAUCAUCAUGGCCUACACCACAUUCGCCGCCAUCUACAUCGUGGUCAUCCAGCUCAAAUCGCACGCCCUACAACAAGCCGACAAAGACAACCCAUACCAACUUGGCAACAACAUUUUCACCAAUCUGAUAGUAUCAACCAUCUCCACAAUAGGCUUGUACUUCAUCAUGUCCUUCCUCUACUUCGACCCAUGGCACAUGUUCACCUCCUCGGCGCAAUACUUCGCCCUCCUCCCCAGCUACAUCUGCACCCUGCAAGUCUACGCCUUCUGCAACACCCACGACGUCACCUGGGGCACAAAAGGCGACAACGUCCUACACACCGACCUCGGCACCGCCAAAGUCACCGCAGACGGCAAAACAGUCGAGGUCGAAAUGCCCAGCGAACAACUCGACAUCGAUUCCGGUUACGACGUCGCCUUACGCAAUCUACGCGAUAGACUCGAAGUAUCGAAACCUAGCGUCAGCGAGAGCCAACAGCAGGAAGAUUACUACAAAUCCGUCAGAACAUACAUGGUCGGCGUCUGGCUAAUCUGUAACGUCAUCUUCGCCAUGGCCAUUUCCGAAGUGUAUCCUGUCGGCGAAGUCUCGAACAACUUCUACUUGAAAUUCAUCCUGUGGACAGUCGCUGGCCUGGCGCUCUUCCGCGCCAUCGGCUCGUGUACAUUCCUCGUCCUAAACCUCAUCGAGUCUCUCGUCGAGGGCCGGUUACAAGCUAAAUUCGAGCGGAUCUUCAAUGCUGGAGAUGAGAAUAGCAGUAAGAGAGAAGGGGUAGGGAGUGGACUUAGCGAGAGUGGGAAGGACAGUCAGACGAAGAGUAUGGGGCAGGGCAGUAGUGGGGGGAAGACUAGCUGGACUCUAGGGAGUGGUGUCUCGGGGAGUUCGUGGUUGAGCGAGACGUCGAGUCGGGUUAGUGAUUCUGUGAGUAGUGUUAGGGAGAAGUUGCCCAGGUGGGCUGGUGGGACUGGAUGA